CUGCCUGUUCCGUUAUCGUGUAUGCCAGUCUGUAGUUAUUAUGUGACUGAUGAUUAAUGUCCACUGCUGUCAAAAAUUUUCGAAGGAUACCCUUGUUGAGGAUGUUUUUCAUGAUGUUUGCACGUUCAUUAAGCUACAGGAGCGCGAUAUGUUUGGACUUGCUAUGCCUACCGGUAGUAUCUCGUAAAUAUUUAGGGAACAACUAUGCUCUUUUAGAUGAAGGAUGGCUGUUCAUUGAACCAAGCGAGUUUCUCCAUAAGGUUGUCAACAGUUACCUUACUCCUAUGACCAGAAUCACUAGAAUGGGUGUUUUCUUCUUACCAACAAACAAAUCAAAUUUUCAUCACCAACCUCCUUCACCAAUAACAUCAUCACAUCCAACUGUGUAUUUUCGCAUACGUUUUUAUGUUCCAAUUUACUGUUUAAAUGAACGUACAACACAACACCUUUAUUACAAACAAUUACGGAAAAAUCAUAUUGCCUAUAAUUUAUUUUGUGAUCCAAAUGUUUACUUACAGUUGGCAGCAUUUGCAUUACAAGCUGAAGUAGGUAAUGCACCAAAAAAAUACAAUAUCGAAACUGCUGCACCCUACUUCCUACAAGAGCUUUAUUAUCCUAGUAAAUUUACUGAAUCAUGGGACAAAUCUGAUCUGGUUUACCUUACCUACAUACGCCAUUCAGCGCUUCGCAAUACUGUAGCCUAUUUGGCUGAAUUUCACUUUAUUCGUCUAGCAACUAAACUAAAUUCGGAUUUCAAUUUACACUUAUAUCCACUCAAGAAACAUGCUGAGAAAUGUCGUUUCUCUGUAUUGAUUGGUAUCAGUCCAAAUGGCUUCACCUUAUAUCAGCAAUAUCCCGACGACUGGGUUACCCCUACAAAUCGAAUUAAAUGGAAUGAGAUUGAACGAAUGUAUUAUGAUCAUCGUGAAGUGACUAUUUGUUUACGUUCUAAAAGUCGAAGACGUGACUUUAAAAUGAAUAGAACAUUAUCAGCAAGACACUUAUUUGGUUUAAUAACAAAUAUGCAUUUCUAUCAGUCGAUUGCUGAAAUGUCUGCAACUCAUUCCAACGGUUUAUUGGAACAGAUUGAAGUUGAAGGUUCCAAUGAAUUCUCUGUUUAACUGAGAAGUCUCCUGAAUACAUGCAUGUCUCUUGGAAAAAUUUAAUCAAUGAAAUGUACAUUGAAGAUGUUGUCUGUUUUACCAUGCCUUUUAAUUAGUCAUAAAGCAUUUUUGUCAGGGAAAAAGAACAUUGCAUAUUGGCUAUAAUUUUGUCUUAAAUGUAUACAUAAUGUUGACAUUUUUUGAAAAAAUUAUACAUUUAUAUGUGAACGCUCUUUAGUUUAAUCAUGAGACAAAGGUCAACAUUCUAC